AUGGAUCAAGAUCUGUGGAGAUCGCUUCAACAACUAAGCCUAGAUUCUGAUCAAGAGCCACUUCGUCUUCAACCGGAGACAAUAAAUCGAACUGAGAAGAACAACCGGCUUAGUCUUGUGGUUAGGGGCCUCAAUCCUCGCCAUCAGAUCCCAAAGCAUAUGAAGAAUACUCUUCCUGUUGCUUGGAGAAUGGAGCGUCGAGUCCAAGGACAAGUGAAUGAUGAUGGUUCUGUUCAGUUCUUCUUCAACGAGGAGCACCAUAUGCUUACAGUUCUUGAAGGAGGACCAUGGACGUUCAAGGAGUGGAUGCUUGUGGUGGAUAAGUGGGUUAAUAGAGGUCAGCCAACCUAUUUGCGUAAGGUCUCUUUUUGGAUCCGAGUUUAUAAUCUCCCUAAUGAGUAUCGCAAUGUUCAAACUGUUAGAGAUAUUGGGAACUCAUUGGGUACGGCUGGUGAAAUCAUAAUUAGAGAGCCGAAUGGUGAAAUACCAGCAGAGAUUAAGGUUAGAGUAAUGAUGGAUAUUGAUGCUAAGCUUAUUUUUACUCGUUAUGUGGAGUUGUUGGAAGGAGAAGAGCCAACGCUAAUAAAAUUUGAAUAUGAAAGGCUAAGGAAGUUCUGUAGAAGGUGUGGAUCCAUGAGGCAUGAAAAUACUGAAUGUCAGGAGAUCAUUGUUCUCCCAAUGCUCCCUAUUGUCGAGUUUCAAGAGCAUGUAGAUGUCCAACAACAACAAAAUGAUCACCAUAGUCAGUGGCAGAGCUAG